UACAUCCACUGUAUCUGGUCUCCCCAGACCCUGCAUUCACUAUAUCCGGUCUCCCCGGACCCUGCAUCCACUAUAUCUGGUCUCCCCGGACCCUGCAUCCACUAUAUCUGGUCUCCCCGGACCCUGCAUCCACUAUAUCUGGUCUCCCCGGACCCUGCAUCCACUAUAUCUGGUCUCCCCGGACCCUGCAUCCACUAUAUCUGGUCUCCCCGGACCCUGCAUCCACUAUAUCUGGUCUCCCCAGACCCUGCAUUCACUAUAUCUGGUCUCCCCGGACCCUGCAUCCACUAUAUCCGGUCUCCCCAGACCCUGCAUCCACUAUAUCUGGUCUCCCAGGACCCUGCAUUCACUAUAUCUGGUCUCCCCAGACCCUGCAUCCACUAUAUCUGGUCUCCCCGGACCCUGCAUUCACUAUAUCUGGUCUCCCCGGACCCUGCAUUCACUAUAUCUGGUCUCCCCAGACCCUGCAUCCACUAUAUCUGGUCUCCCCAGACCCUGCAUCCACUAUAUCUGGUCUCCCACAGUACACACAACAUGGAAAUGCAAUUAUUUUAUAAAUAUAAACUGCUAAAUACCUUUUCUCAUCAGCAGUAUAUAGCAGUCUUGUGA